UCAGUGGCAUAUGUCCACACCGGUCCAGCUCUGUGCCAUCCACUAAUACAGAGUUUUGCAGAGAGCCCACUAAAGACAUACUAGCAAGACCCUGAGUCACAGACGGAGCAAACUGACAUUGAUUGUGACCUUAUGGCCCCAAAUCCUCUUGGGAUCCGCUACCAGAAGGACUGAACUUGGCUAUUUUCUGGAAAUUAUUUGCUGCCUGGGACCUUUUCCUUGUGAAUGAAGACUGAUGGAUACAUGUGUUUAGGUGACACUGUGUGACAGAUGCUCACUGUGCCCCAACGCCCUGCCCUGGCUUUGCAGCCACGCACCAGAUGUGCAGACAGCAGCAAGGAGUACCCUCCCCUGAGUGCAGAUGCUCUCUUUCAAGAAAAAAAAUGGUGGACCUGGGAUUCAGCUGGAGAUUGCAAAGCCUACUGCCUCUCAGGGCUGUUGGUCAGCCUUCCACUGCUCCCAGGGGAACCAGAGGAGCUCCGCGCUGACUUCUGUAAGGUCUGAUUCACCAUGGGAGAUCAAAUGAUUUCCUGGCUCAGGUUUUGUGAAGUUCGACGUCUGCUUUGGACCCACAAUUUGGAAAAGGGAUCACCUCUGCGGCACGGUUAAGAGACAGAUAAAGCAGUCCCAGAUGAUGAGCACUUUAAGUAGCACUGGAAUAUUACUCAGCUUGACAACAGUGUCUGUUACGCUGGAUUUUAGCUUGCACGGUGGUCUGAUGGCUUGGUCUUUAAGCACCAAUUUGACUCUGAAUCAGAGUUUACCUACAUCUGAUCCUCUCAAUGCCUCUGAGAAGGGUGAAGUCUCUCGGAUGUCAGUGAGAGAGAAGAACUGGCCAGCCCUCUUGAUCUUGGUCGUCAUCCUGCUUACCAUCGGGGGCAACAUACUGGUAAUUAUGGCUGUGUCCUUGGAGAAGAAGUUGCAGAACGCCACAAACUUCUUCCUGAUGUCCUUGGCGGUGGCAGACAUGCUGGUGGGUAUCCUGGUCAUGCCCGUGUCGCUCAUUGCAGUGCUGUAUGAUUAUGCUUGGCCUUUGCCUAAACAGUUGUGCCCUAUAUGGAUUUCCCUAGAUGUGCUCUUUUCAACUGCAUCUAUAAUGCAUCUCUGUGCCAUCUCUCUUGAUCGGUAUGUAGCAAUACGCAAUCCCAUUGAGCACAGCCGCUUCAAUUCCCGCACCAAGGCUAUUAUGAAAAUUGCUGCAGUUUGGACCAUAUCCAUAGGGAUAUCUAUGCCCAUUCCAGUCAUUGGUUUGCAGGAUGACUCCAGAGUGUUCAUCAAUGGGACCUGCGUCCUCAAUGAUGAGAACUUUGUCCUCAUUGGGUCUUUCAUGGCGUUCUUCAUCCCUCUCAUCAUCAUGGUGAUCACAUAUUGCCUGACCGUCCAGGUGCUGCAGAGACAGGCCACAGUGUUCAUGUGUGGAGAGGUGCCCAAGCAGAGGAGAAGCAGCGUGAACUGCCUCAAGAAAGAAAACAACACAGAGCACAUUUCGAUGCUUCACAACCACGAAGGGGCAUCGCAUUUGAACUCUCCUGUGAGUAAGGAGGCAGUGCUUUUUCGGAAAGGAACUAUGCAGUCCAUCAACAAUGAGCGAAGAGCCUCCAAGGUCCUGGGCAUCGUUUUCUUUUUGUUUCUCAUCAUGUGGUGCCCAUUUUUCAUCACUAACGUCAUGUCCGUCCUUUGCAAGGAAGCCUGCGACAAAGACCUCUUGAGCGAACUCCUCGACGUGUUUGUUUGGGUGGGGUAUGUUUGCUCAGGGGUUAAUCCCCUCGUAUACACACUCUUCAAUAAAACCUACCGCAGGGCUUUCUCCAGUUAUAUCCGCUGCCAAUACAAGACCAGCAAAAAAUCAGCACUGCGACAGAAUCAGUGUCUGAAUGUUGCUUCAACAGCUUUAUACGGGAAAGAUCUGACUUUAACUAGUUAUCGAAACGGCAAUGAGCUCAACAGCGUGGAACUCGAUGAAGCUGAGGAGGGCCUUGAAAUGCAACCAGGGACUUCAGAGCUCUCCAUAAACAGCUGUAAUGUUGUGAGCGAAAGGGUGAGCUGUGUGUAAGGGUGGCUCACACACCUUUGGCUACGGGCUAUCUGUGGCCAAAAUGUAUUGUAUAAAAAUGUAAGCGUUGGUCAAUGGACGAUGUAAAUACUGCAUUCUGAACAAAGAUUUUUUUUAAGGAGAAAAAAAAAAAAAAAAGAGAUUUGUCUUUCCAGUCCAGUACUUAAAAUCAUAUAUAUUAAUAUACUGCAGUGAAGUUUAAGGUUCUAUAUUUACUGUUAAUACUAGAUCAGAUCUAGUUACUUUGCAUAUGUCAUGGACAAAAUGUUUGAAUUCUUCUUCCAGUGCAUGAACAAAAAUGCUGAAUAUUUAUCUCAGGUGGCAUUUGCUGGAGUCCAGAAUGGCACGUUAAUAGUUAUAUAUCAAAUACAUGCUAUUAGACUUGGUCAGUAUAACUUUCUUUUUCAAGUUGACAGUAAAUAUAUACUUUAAAUCCUCACCCCUAUUUGUGCCGUGUAAAGAGUGUACAGAAACCUGGCAGAGACAGCACGAGAGCUGUAGGCAGCUGGCCAGAUGUGUCGUGGUAAGGGUCGUGGCUCACUUGCAUCCCGGGGCAACGUCUCACUUCUAGGGACCAUCCUGCUGCUUCCUCUCCAUUCACCACUUUGAUCCUAGAUUGGGAGUGUGUUUCUGGUGUGGUGCUGGGAUCGCUUGCAGACUUGGAGGAGAAGCAUGAGAAAGAGAGCCAACUUGUUAUCUGCUUUAACCAUUUUAAAAAUGGAGGGUGUCAGAUUUGUAAAAUGCCCUCACCUGUUCUUGUAGACACCCAUGUGCUCCUGGAUGGGGGAAGCAGUACUCAGAAUGGCUGGCGCUGCCUUCAGAGGACUGUUUGGAUGAUCAGGUCAUUGGUUGACCUGGAGAGGAGAGCUCUGGCUUUGAGAGAGCUCACCUUCUCCUUCCCCUCACUUCUUUAGCUUGUUUUGCAUUUGCUUUUAUUUUCCAAAGACAGGGAUGUGCAGUGCUGGGGGUAAAACAAUGCAUUGGAUGUAGAGCAAAAUGUACUGUGCUCUUGGCACAGGUCGGGAGGAGGCUGCGGGGUGAGGGAUGCUCUUCCCCAGGGGAUGCUCAGGAGAGUGGCAUAAAUGAGGAUCCCUUUUUUCCCCUGACUUGGGAGGGGUGUGCAGAGCUGGACAGAGUAUGUGGCUGAAAGUUUGCUAUAGUUCAGUAACAAACUAUGACCAGGGACAGAAAGGAAGCAGACAAGGAAUUACAACUUGGAACAUGUCUAUAUGGAAGAUUAAUCUGGAUUAUCUGUUCGGUUUGAUUUACUCAAUUUCACCCCCAAAGUAAAUUAUCCUAUAUCAUGUUAAAGCCACUUAUAUCUUAAUGAAAACAUCCACGUCGUGUUUUAAUGCAAUUGAAGUAAUCUGCUUUUAAUUCACACCAUAAGCAAUUGGAAUUAAUUCCUCUCUGUGCUCCUGUGUAGACAAACCCCGAAAGGCAGCAACACGUCCUUCUGGCACAGUGCCUCUGGGCGAUGCCCCUUGUGCAGUUUGCCUUGUGCAGGGUGCUGUGUGAUGCCAGAUCUAACCCGUAAUGGUUUUACAUCUUCAUUAACUAACACACAAAUGCUGCGGUCAUCCAUCUAACAUGGAUGUAUUUAGCACUGCUAACAGCCUCUGCCCAUGAAAUUCCUCAGAACAAGAAGCUCACACGAGGCAUGGAUAGGUUGCAUUUUACUGAUGUGAACUGCUUGCACUCUAAGCUUGCUGUGGUCAUCCCUCCAGAACCCGAGUGAAGGAGAAACACAUCAUUCUGAAAGCACACUGGUGCAAUGUAGUGCUGUUGCUUUGCUGUGCACAGCAACAACCUGGCUGAGGCAGGUUGCAUCUGCUGCUGGUUUGUGUCUAGCUUGAUUCGGUGAAGCUGCUGGCCCUCUCUUGUCCUUCAUUCCAUCCUGUGCAAAAUCUGUAGUACUUCCAUGCAGGCAGGCGAGGUAUCCGAGCAAGGUGCAUGGUGUGUGUGCUGGUCUGCUGAUGCUGGUGCUGGUUGGAUGCUUGAGAAUGCACCCUGCCUGUCCAAAAAGGUCUGUAACCCACGGGAAAAGCACUGUCCAGAGACACACGGCUUGUGCCUUCGAUGACCGCCCUUUGUUCUGUGUCAGAUUUGGAUUUGGUACAGAAAAAUCAGAAAGAUCGCAUUGCUUUCAAAAUUCUACUUUUAUUUUUUCCUUGGGUGAAUUCAUAGCUCGUCUUUUACAGCCAUAUAUGUGUCUGUGUGUAUAUAUGUGCGUGUACAUAUAUAUAUGCAUAUAUAUAUAGAAGCCAAGCAGACAUGGAAAGCAUUUAGCAAUAAGUUGAAAUUCAGUAGCUUCUAGCACUCGUGUGAAUAGCUCAUUGGCCACAGCAUCCUCCAACUUGUACCACACAAAGGCGUUCUCUUUGCAUAGGAGCCUUCACGUCUUACCUCUGCCAGUUCUGUUGUCUGGGCAAAAAGGGCACCCGCUCUAUUUGGAUGUAAAUAACGAGACCUGAACUGAGAAUUUACAGAGUUUUUAUAAAUGUUUUUAAAAUAAUUCAGCACUGGGACUGUAAAUAUGUCGAGCGUUGCUACUCAGCUGGACCCGUUCUGAUGGAUGUUCUUCUCCAGAUAACCAGACAAGGGGACUGCCUUAUAGCCUGUGUUAUCUCCCUGCCAGGGGCUGAUAACAUUUUUGGGAAUGAUUAAACACUGUCUCUUACCCAACUUCCUUUGGGUCAUUCACAUCAGGGUUUUGUGAUGCUGCUAUUAAUUUAUUAAAGAAAGAUUGUUGGUUUAAUCACUCUUUUUUUUU